UCCCUCGCUGCGCUCCGUCCGUCGCCCCCGCCGGAGGACUCGAUCCCAAGAUGGCGGCGCCCAGCGAAAGGAGGAGCGUUGGUGGCGGGGGCUGGAGCUUGUGGGCUGCGCUUCUCCUGGCAGCCCUGGCGCCGAGACCCGCGGAGGCGGUGUCCGAGCCCAUGACUGUGGCGUUUGACGUGCGGCCCGGCGGCGUCGUGCACUCUUUCUCCCAGAACGUGGGCCCCGGGGACAGAUAUACUUGUACAUUCACCUAUGCUUCUCAAGGAGGGACCAAUGAGAGGUGGCAGAUGAGUCUGGGGACCAGCGAAGACCACCAGCACUUCACCUGUACCAUCUGGAGGCCCCAGGGCAAGUCCUACCUCUACUUCACACAGUUCAAGGCGGAGGUGCAGGGCGCCGAGAUCGAGUACGGCAUGGCUUACUCUAAAGCUGCUUUUGAGAGAGAGAGUGAUGUGCCUCUGAGAAGUGAGGAAUUUGAAGUGACCAAAACAGCAGUGGCCCACAGGCCCGGGGCAUUCAAGGCUGAGCUGUCCAAGCUGGUGAUUGUGGCCAAGGCGUCCCACAGUGAGCUGUGACCGGGAGCCCUGUUCAGGGCGGCAUCACCUCAUUUAUGCUGAAGGAGCCAGCACCCGAGAGGACUGGUGUAUUACUGGUUUUCUAGAGAGUCUGAGUUUUUGUCCUGACUGAUGUCACCCUGAGUGAAGGGUUCGGACCAGCUAAGGCCUGGAAUGGCAUCCAUUGGGCCGGGAUGUGCCGGCCCAACCCUGCCAGGCUCCUCCAGACAGUGGACCGGGACACGUGGGCUGUGGGGCUCUGGACUCCGCUCAGGCCAGCGUGUGCCUCCCCGUGUAUGAGCCAGGCUCCUGGAUGCUCCCUGGGCGAGGAUUCCUACAGACCUCUGACCCCACGCUGACUGUUUUCUUACAAUUUACUCAAGGGACCGCCUUUCAGCCUGGGAAGAAAUGAAAUGUUCUUUCAUAUUUAAAUAAAUAAGACAUUAAA